AUCAGACAGACGAUACGUCAGUAAGAUGAGGAGGGUGAUGUCAAGUUUAUGUUGAAAAAUUAUUAAAUUGUCGACGUUUUUGUGAAACAAUUAUGUGAAUAAUGAGAUGAAAGUGUAAAUAAAUGUUUUAUUAGUGUUUUCUAUUGAUUAUGGCGCAUAGUGGUGGUGUUUUGAGUUCCGAUAUAUCAAGGAGGAAUCCCCAAGAUGAAUACGAGUUGGUUCAAAGGAUUGGUUCGGGAACCUAUGGCGAUGUCUACAAGGCAAAACGCCUCAAUGGCAACGGUGAACUUGCUGCCAUCAAGGUGAUCAAGCUGGAACCGGGUGACGACUUCGCCAUCAUUCAGCAAGAGAUACUGAUGAUGAAGGACUGUCGUCACCCGAACAUCGUAGCGUAUUAUGGCUCUUAUUUGCGCAGAGACAAGCUCUGGAUAUCUAUGGAGUAUUGUGGUGGAGGAAGUUUGCAGGACAUCUACCACGUAACGGGUCCGCUGACUGAAAUUCAAAUCGCAUACAUGUGCCGGGAGACACUUACCGGCCUCUCCUAUCUGCAUAGCAUGGGCAAGAUGCAUAGGGAUAUAAAGGGCGCCAACAUACUUCUAACAGAAUGCGGUGAUGUGAAGUUGGCUGAUUUCGGAGUAUCAGCACAAAUCACGGCAACAAUCAACAAACGAAAGUCCUUUAUUGGAACCCCGUACUGGAUGGCGCCAGAGGUAGCGGCAGUGGAACGAAAGGGUGGGUACAAUCAACUUUGUGAUAUUUGGGCUUGUGGAAUCACUGCUAUUGAGUUAGCAGAGCUCCAGCCUCCGAUGUUCGAGCUCCAUCCAAUGAGGGUGUUGUUUCUUAUGUCGAAGUCGGGGUUCAAACCCCCGCAGCUUAAAGAGCGAGAGCGCUGGUCGCAACUAUUUCAUGGAUUUCUCAAACUGGCUCUCACUAAGAAUCCUAAGAAGAGACCCACCGCUGAUAAAUUGUUGCAGCACCCUUUCUUCCAACAAGAGAUGAACAAAAGACUAGCGAUAGAUCUCCUCCAGAAAUAUUCAAACCCACCCUCACAUUGUAAUAAUCAGGAAUUGGACGAAGAUGGGGCGAUAUCCAAUGUGCCACAACGUAUAGCUUCGAAGCACACUGGGCGUGGCGGAAGGCGUGUCCUGGCAGACCAGCCUCCGAACAACAUUAGGCCAAGGAGUUUGAUUGAUGACGAUAUUAUGACAGCAUCUAGAGUUCGGUUAAUGGAGGAAAGUCGCGAUCGUCGCAGCGGCGUAUACGACGACUCACCCAUCAUAGACUUGGACGCGGAAGACGACCUCAGCCUCGCCUCUAUGCCUAAAGUUAUCAAUUUCGCCGCCGACCUUAAUAAUAGCGGUGAUACUAUUAAACGGAAUGCGUACCAUAGACAAACCAGUGAAGAGUGGAGUGUCGCAUCACUAAUGACGUGUCCCAAACACAAUCCCCUCACUCAGGAGUUAUCAUCAGACUCGAUAUCUACCAGUGAAAACAAGUGGUGUCGGGUGAUCACUGGGGAUGAUAUUAUGAGAAUGAGUUUGAGGAGCCUCUUACAGUAUAUUGACGAAGAGUUAAUGCUCAGAGCGACACUACCUUUAACAGCAGACACGGCAGCCAUGUCACAGGCUGGCAACAAUCUGUCAAUACACGAUCACCAUCUCUCCCAAUGCAUACAGCUAAAGCAGAACUUUUUAAAUAAUUCAUCUACGAACGUCUAUCAAAGUUUAACGAGCUUUCAAACGCCAAUCGGGUCCUCUUCGGCGUCGAUAAACGAACAAUUGUGUAAGAAGGACGAAAUAAUGUACGCCGAUCAUCAGGACUCGGAAACUCCGAUCAACUCGAAUUGUGAGUGCGGUUUGUGCCCGAAACCGGAAUCAAAAGACGUGAACACCCUUAGUGAUUUACAACGCUCUGUCGCACCGAAGUGCUCAUGUGACUCCUGCAAUUCGAACGGUGACAUCCUAAGCUAUUACCGACAUUGUCCGAACCAGAAUCAAGACUCUGGGAUAGUUAUCUGUGACGUUUGCAAGAAACAAAAGAUUUCUGUAAGCAAUUUUCGCGCUCUGCAGAUCGCAAAUCGUUUACAAAUAUCGGAUUCGGGAAUUGAAAAUGGCGGAUCGGAUGACGAGCUGUGUCGGAAGAUCGAUAUAAGUUUAAAUAUGGAUGUACAAGAACAUAGAAAGAGGCAUAAUAGGCACAAUUCGGAUUCGGUCACGGCGGGGAUAGAUUUGAAUCAGUUCUGUCAGUGUGAAUUGGAUGGUAGUAAGCGGAAAACUUCGUCGGUAGAUGAAAUUUUCAAGAUGGCGGAGGAUGGUGGGUCGAGUCAAGAGUUGAAGGAUGAUGAGGUGAAAACCAGUCAACGGCAACGAAGCUUAUCGGAUAGUCAACGGGACAAGGCGAAAGUUGAUGCUGAAGUUUCUGUGACAGGUAGUAGUACACCUCCCGUCCCUCCUCGGCGAGCGCGGGGUAGACGGGUUCGAAGCCCAGUGCGACCAGCGCCCAACGGACUACCGCCUACACCCAAAGUGCACAUGGGUGCUUGUUUCUCUAAGGUGUUUAAUGGCUGUCCUCUUCGGAUAAACUGCACAGCAUCUUGGAUACACCCAGACACCAGGGAUCAGCAUAUUCUCAUAGGUGCGGAGGAGGGUAUCUACACUUUGAACUUGAACGAGCUACACGAGACUGCUAUGGAUCAACUCUGUCCUCGAAGGACGAUUUGGAUGCACGUCAUCAAGGAUGUUCUUAUGUCGCUUUCUGGUAAAACCCCCUGCCUCUACCGGCACGAGCUGUUAGUGUUAACGGGUAGUGGGCGGGCGGGGGCGGGCAGAUCCCUUCGCGUGUUGCCGCCCCGGCUUCUACCCAGACGGUUCGCACCUUCCACGCGCGUGCCUGACACCAGAGGUUGUACCGUGUGCGCAGUAGUCCGUAACCCUUACAAUGGAUACAAGUACCUGUGCGGGGCCACGCCCGCUGGAUUAUUCCUCAUGCAGUGGUACGACCCUCUACGGAAGUUCAUGCUACUGAAGAACAUCGAAUGUGUCCUACCGUCGCCGUUACUCGCUUUCGAGUUAAUCAUUACUCCGGAGCUGGAGUAUCCACUUCUUUGUGUUGGUGUCACGAGGAAACCUAUACGGCUAAAUCUAAUUAAUAUAAAUUCGGGUGCGAGCUGGUUCCACUCGGACGAGCUGGAGGUCCGCCCCGGGGGCUCCAACACCGUCAUACCCAGGCCUGAGAGGCUCCACACGCUUAGGGCUGUGCAUCAGCUGAAUAAGGACGCGGUACUAGUGUGUCACGAAAAUGUAGUGGAUAUAAUCCCGGUGCUUCCCGGGUUCGAUUCCCGACGACAAGACGACAGGCGGAAGAGCAAGUUGCCGCAGAGACUGCAGUUCGACUUCCAGAUUGAUAGCAUAUUGUGUCUGGCGGACUCGGUGCUGGCCUUCCACCGCAACGGCAUGCAAGGUCGGUCUUUGAGGAACGCUGACGUCACUCAGGAAAUAGUCGACCACUCACGCGCAUACCGACUCGUCGGACACGACAAAGUUGUAGUACUAGAAUCGCACGUACUCCAAAACAACACGCUCUCAGGCGAAGACGGGAACGAUCUAUAUAUUUUGGCCGGACACGAGGCCUCGUACUAGUUACCCAUAGUUGCGGCCAAUCUCUAUAGCAUAAUUAUAUUUUAAAAUAUUCAAAAUCAAGUAUAUUUUGAUGGAGGUAUAAAGAUUGGCCGUUAUUUCUGUUAACCGAAAUAUUUUUCUAAUUAAUAGUCCUGCGUUCCUAGUAGGAUUAAAAAGUUUGCCCUCAGUAGUCUUUUGUCUCUUUCCGUCAAAUUAUGUUUACGCUGUGAUGAAAGCAGACAGAACAGCAGUGGUAGUACUUUAGAUAAAACGGUGCCACUAGACUGUUUUUUUAUAUGAAUGGGUAUAUGUAUGUUCAUAAUAAUCUGUGUUUGCACAGAUAACAUAGCGCAUUGAAAUGCCACAGAGUUAAUAAAAACAUGUUUUUAUCGUAUUUUCAACAAUUAGUUAUAGGAACGCAGUAUUUAAAUCUUUAUUUUUCCAAAAUAAUCAACAAAUGUUAUAGCACUGCCCUACUCCAUUCCAUGGAUGACAUUGAAGCAAUAAAUUAUAGAAUAUUUUAGUUUAUUCGCAAACUUGUUGAGAUUACGCAAACGCCAUUUUGAACCAGUGACGUAGUUUCCUAUUCUCAUAUUCAAAGCCUCGUUUUCUCUAGUUGGACAACAGGCUUGAAGACAAGAUGACAAAAAUUUCAAUACAAAAAAAUCUCUAGAAAUUUUUGUUUCUACCGUUCUAGUUGAAACAUAUAUUGCAAAUAACUGUUUAAUAUGGUUUUUCGUUGUCUAUAGGAAGUAAUCCAGUGAUUUUAAUAAAUUUAUCUAAAAACUAAUGCUAUAUCCGACAAGUUUGCCUGUUAGUGAAUAUUUAAUGGGAGUUUAGCUAAUUUAUGAGAUAUUGCUGUCUCUAUCAUACAUAUAUACCUGAGAAGGACAGCAAUAUGUUUGAGUUUCAAUAAAACUUACACUUUGACAAUUUACAAUGAAUUUAUUUAAAAUUAAUGUACUUCAUUUUGAAUUAUUCAAUAAAUGUAUUCUAAUAUAAUAAAAAUUAAUAAAUCUAUAUGAAUGUUAUUAAAAGCGUUUAAUUAUAUCGAUUUAGGCUUUCUAGCUAUAACGUUGAAAUAAUCGUUAUUUUCAUAUGAUGUUACUGUGAUUUAGAUGCGACGGCAUUUUAAAGUAUUUAUUGAUAUGUGAUUCAUUUAACGCCAACAAUGUAUGAAAAAGACAAAUAUUUUGACACUUGUGUAUUUGAUCAUGCGCAAGAGACGUUUUAAGAGCAGCUAGUUGACCAUUAUUCGUUAUUAAAGGGCGAUAAACAAAGUUAAUUUUCACAUUUUAACAAAUAAAAUAAUACACAAGUGUCAGAAUGUAAGAUCGUUAUAACAUGAAUAGUUUAUAGUAACCAAGAAAAUAUUAAAUUGCUUAUUUUGUAAAUAUAUAAAAUUCCAAUUAGUGUUAGUCAAUUGUAUUAUAGACUAGUUUAGUUCAAUUUUAGUUGAGUGAACUAAAAUGCUACAUUUUAGUUUGUUUAACUGAAAUGUAUUUGGUGUAACGAGGCUUCGACUCGAUAUGGACUGUUUAUUUAUUAACUGUGUUGUUUAUUUGAUUUGCAUGUUUAGAAAUCUGAUGUUCGUUACGGGAUGAAUAUAUUCAAGUUGUCAAAAUUAUGUCCUAAAAUAUUUAAGGUAGUCAUUAUUAAUAAUACAGUAUAAGUUUCAUCAUCGGACCUCGAGGCAGAAUAUGAAAUUCAACCCGUAUCACCUCGACGUCCGACGUUCCACAACUGACCGUCUUUAAAGGCAGUUUUUACCACCACUAUCUGCAACCAGCUGCCCACUGAAGUAUUUCCGAAUCCAUUCGACUUGUCGUCCUUCAAGAAAAAGCGUAACGAUUUUUAAAAGGCCGGCAACGCUCUCGAGCAAUCUAGCAUUGAGAGAUUAAAUUCAAGUUUUAGUUCCAUUUGUGUGUUACAACACAUGUUAACGAAUUAUGACAGAUGUGAGAGUUAGUUUGUUCUUAAAUUUGACUUAAAUAUAAUUAAGGCAAAAGUGUCUUAAGACCAGUCUUGUUAGUUCUUAGUUUGAUUGUCAUAUUUAUACCGUAACAACUUCAGUUUUUCUUUUGUGAGAUUAUCUCUCUGGUUGUAUUUUAGCACACAGCACUUUCAUUUAAGGUGACACUUAAAUAAUAAAACAUACCAAAACAUAUGAAACAUUUUUAUGGAAAUCAGUUGAAGUACCCACAACUUUUAAUAUUCUUGGAUAACAUAAGUGUGGUAUGUUUUAUUAAAUUCUUAAUACAAUGUAAUGCUUUAAACCAGUUAAUUUACUCUUGUAAUAAAAUUUUAAUUUGA